AUGGCAACAAUUCGCUGCAACGGUAAUUGGGUUCAAUUCGAUUCUCAUGACAAUCAAUGUUUUGAAGACAACGAAGAAGAAACAUUAUCUCUUUGCGAUCUUCCCACCAACGACAUUCAAAUCCAAACAACCUCAAACAUAGAAGACACCGAACCAGAAGACUUCCAGUUCGGUUCCUCUCACGGCGAUACCACUUGUCUCUCACCGGAAAACAUGUGCAACGCCGAUGAUGUGUUUUUCCAAGGUCAGAUUCUACCGUUACGCCACUCGGUCUGCUCCGAAACAGCCGGGUUGACCCGGUCAGCAUCUAUGAGUGUUGUCGGCAGUAGAAGUAUAACCACCGGAAAAGACCCGAGAACAAUUCGGUCAAACGAGUACGGGUACAAACCCAAGAUCCGAAACCAGUUCCAUUCACACCCGAGCCCAUCACCACAGAUCCGAACCCAAAGUUUCCGUACACUUUCACAUUCAAACCCGAAAACAUCAUCCUCGUUAUGGAGUUUUUUACAAGUGGGUUUAGUAAAGCCACAAGAAAUCGGGUUAUCAGAUUUAAAAAACCGGAGCAAGAGAUUCGGGAGCCACAACAGCAACAGCAGCAGCAAUAGCGGUAGUAUGAAUAGUAUGAAUGGUACAAAUGAUCAAACACAAAGUCAAAACAAACACCAAAAUAAAAUAAAGCAUCCGCCGAAAAACAACAAGAAGAAACAGAGGUUGUUUUUCGGCGGAUGUAAAUGUACUGCAGUUACAACCGUUGGUACGAUGAAAGAUACUGUUGGAAAGAAGAAGACAACAACUGAAGAUAGAAAUAGUACGAUGAUCGGUGAAGGGAGACAGACGGCGUCACGUCACCGAACGUUUGAGUGGUUAAAGCAGCUUUCGAUAGCUGCACCAAGUGAAGCUUAA